GUUUGACAUACCACUACCACGGUGUCAGCUGCCCAAAAAAUGAAAUUGAUUUGUUUCAGGCGAUUGCUUUACUUUCCUGAUCGAUUCCCUGUCACAGAUCGAUAACCUGUCCGCGCACCUUGAAGACUAUCGGCGGAGGGAUAUGCGCUGGAAGUAGUGCGGCCUGAUUGUGACACAGGUUUACACCGUUAUUCCCUGGCAGUGGGCACAUAUGUCCCACCUUGAUAAUUCUUUGGCCGUCUUAUGUACACACUAACAUGUAGUGAGAGAAGCAGUUUAAGCAGUGUCUCACCCAGGAAUUUAUACCAGUGGACAGCGUUAUGGGGUGAUCAUCUCUCCGUAAGCAAUGUCACGCCGUCAGCAAGCGGCCGUACCGCCGCCCCCGACCCCGGGGCCGGACCCGACCGGGGGUAGGGAUAGCGGCGGCGAGGGAGGAAGUAUGAAUGACAGCCGCACUAAAGGCGGGGGAGAACAAACUUUGACGGUUGCCUGCCGGAUACGGCCUAUGAGUGAAGAUGAGAUUAUGCAAGGAGCUAGCCCUAUUGCAUAUAAAGUGGAGGAAAGCAUGGUUGUGUUGCUUGACCCCUUGGAUGAUCCUGAUGACAUUCUCCGCCAAAACCGAUCCCGUGAGAAGCAGUUUGUGUUUGACACCACCUUCGAUGGAUCAGCUACACAGAAAAUGGUGUAUGAGGCCACAACAAAGAUUCUCAUCCCAAACGUGGUCACAGGCUACAACGCUACAGUGUUUGCAUACGGGGCAACAGGUGCUGGGAAGACGCACACUAUGUUGGGAACAGACAAGGAGCCGGGCAUCAUGGUCCUCACCCUGAAUGACCUCUUCCAGGAGAUGGAGAAGACGAGCAACAAUAUGGCCUACAAAGUAUCCAUGUCCUAUCUUGAGAUCUACAACGAGAUGAUCCGCGACCUCCUUAAUCCCUCAUCAGGCAUCCUCGACCUUCGAGAAGACUCCCGGGGUCAAGUUCAGGUUGCAGGUUUAUCAGAGGUCACUGCAAGGUCUACAGAUGAGGUGAUCCAGAUGUUGAUGAAGGGCAAUCAGGAGCGUACCCAGGAGCCCACCGCAGCCAACAAGACUUCGUCGCGGUCCCAUGCAGUGCUGCAGGUCAUCGUGAAGCAGCGCAACCGCGUCCGCAACACCAUGCAGGAAGUACGCACGGGGAAACUGUUCCUCAUCGAUCUGGCAGGGUCAGAACGUGCAGCAAACACACACAACCGUGGCAAGAGGAUGGUGGAGGGGGCUCACAUAAACAGAUCCCUCCUUGCCCUGGGCAACUGUAUCAACGCUCUUAGUGACAAGAAUGGCCCAAAGUACAUCAACUACCGAGACAGUAAGUUGACCCGCCUCCUGAAGGAUGCCCUUGGCGGCAACUGCAAGACCGUCAUGAUCGCACACAUCAGCCCGGCCAGCCUGCACUUUGAGGAGUCACGCAACACACUAGUGUAUGCAGACAGAGCCAAACACAUCAAAACAAAGGUGCGGCGCAAUGUGACCGAUGUAGCGUACCACAUAGCCCAGUACACUAACAUCAUCUCGGAGCUGCGUGAUGAGAUUCUCAAACUGCGGAGCCGCCUACAGGACCAGGGCACUGGCAGUCGCACCCACGCCAACAUCCAGGCCGUGCAAUCGGAGGUACUAGAGGCCCGUCGCCAUGCUGACCGAGAUGAGAUGACCAAGCUGCGAGAACAACUGCUCACUUGCUUCAAGGACCAGAUGGAACUCAGGAAGACGCUGAUGGAGCUGAACAAUGCCUCCAUGGAGAUCAGCCUGGAGACCAACAGGAACCAGCUCGUCAUCAGCGAGUGGGAUGUUGAGAAGGCGCGAGGCUCCAAGCGAGAGGAUGGUGACAGUACAGACAACAAGUAUAAAGAUGAGCGAGACAGCAAGGGCAACAUCAUACAGCCAGAUGAAGUCCGCGUGGCUCGGGACGAGCUGAAGGUGCUGCAUGAUGAGAAACACAAGACAGAACGUGUGCGAUCAACAGUCAGGCGGGAGUUGGAGACGGCCAAACACAAGAUGAAGAAAUUGGAGGAGAUCAUCCCUCAGCGUAUUGGGGACGACGACCAGCAGGAGACCCUGCAGUUGCUGUGUAAGGUCCAUGAGUUGGAGAUUGAGAACCUGGAGGUGAAGUCAGCCUGCCUCCUGAGGGACUUCACCAUCAAAAAGAAGGACAUGAUCAUCACCCGCUUCAGACACCACCGCAACCUGUGUGACGAAAUCAUUAAGCAGCAGAGACAACUCAUCACAGAUCACAAGGUCCCCUGCCCCAAGGAGCUGGAGGAUCUCUACCACCUGUACACUGUGGAGAAGGAGGACAAGGUGCUGUAUGGGGACGACUCAGACACACCCAAGCCACUGUCAACAGGAACAAGACAAGUCAGCAGUCUCACAGAUAUUGGCGGCCAUGAUGAUGACAAGUUCUUCACACCAAGUGCCAAGGCCAAGCAUCUUCAAGGUCUCAGCCAGAUCUGGACAGGAAGUCAGUACAUGGAGAAUCUCAACAGUAGCAGCGCCAUCUAUCAUCCCGUCACAGCAUCGCGACAGUCAUUUGAUGAUAAAGAAGUUAUCCAGAGCAAUACUCGCAACAUUGCAGCACUAGCAGCUAAAAAGAGGACCAAGGCUCAUCACGAUCACCUAAAUGCCGAGAGACAAGGUCAUGGGUCACGACCUCUGUACCGACCCAGUCAUGAUAGUGAUGCAGGGGCCUUAACUCCAAGUCGCCUGGCAAAACAUAACAGGACAUACGGUGAUGGGAUGACCCAUACGAGUACGCCACCUAGUGAUGAUAACAUCUCGUCAGUGACUGUGGAGAAACUCAGUAUACAUACAGACAUUUCCCUGCCUGUUAUAUCGGCAUCGGAGGAGCGGUAUCGAGGGGGAGUCAGAAAGGUGUCACGGAAUGAAGCGGAUCAGAGGAGGAAGAAGCGAGGACGCAACUUUGAUGUUGUUAGCAGUUAUUCACAACAGCGUCUCAAUUCUAAGAAGACAACAGCUACAAACAGUAACAAGUACAUUGGCCGCAGCAAAGGCUCUGACUCCUCUGCUGUCAGCACACCUCAGCAACAGCCUCGGCGAGACCGCAAGGCUCUACCCACAAUUCCUGGCUCCUACAGGAAGGAGACAAUCCAUGUUACAGGGUUUCACUUGCCACGGUGAACAGGCGUAACCUUCACCCUUGUGGACACAGGUCAGGGAAGGAUGCCUGUUGACCUUACAUGACCAUGACCUUGAUUUAAGUGUGGCUUGAAGAUGAUGUCAUUACAAAUAAGAAGGCCAAUAUCGUUAAAACGUAAGACAAGUGAAUUAAUUGUUGCAAUUAAUUCUUUUAUGUCCAUACAUGCUAUCUUGCAUAAUUUGUAUUCUUUUAUCAGACCCAGAGUUGUUUGGGGAAAUCAUGGACUGUUUGCUCUUUAUGGAAAGAAUUGUUUAGUGGGCAAUGAAAUUAUAACACAUUUUGUUGAAUUGGUGUUCAGUUCCUGUUAGGGUAAGAAGGCACCAGGAUUAACUUUUCUCUGAAUUCAUAAUACCAAAGACAGGUAAAGAUUAUUUUGGUCUCUGUUGAUAAAUGAUUAAUUACAUUCAAUAGGAAAGGACUAUGAAUGUAAGUAGACAAGAUACAUGUAGAGAUUUUGGAAUAUUUAUAACAGUAACUGAAGAUAAACCAAUUUCUCACAAGAGUGUACGAGGGCCCGACUCUGGUCAGGUUACUGUUGAUAUUAAGAGCCUGAGCAGAUAUCUGUGAGAGGGGCUCUCAGUGACAGUUUCUGCUCUGUCAUAAUACCAAAGCUUUCGCCAGCAAGAUCUUGAUGACUCCUGUGCCUUCUGUCUGCUUUUCAGACCCAAAUACUGAUGCUGUUCAGACAUGAUACUGUAGGUAUUCAGACAUAAUGCUUACAAUGUUCAGACAAAAUAUGUGAAGAUAUACAGUGGGUGGGGUGGGAUGUGGGAUUACAAUGGACUCAUCAAUUGAAGAGUCUUGUGUUAAACAUUGGAGCUGAACAUGUUGACAACAAGUGCUGUAUUUAAUGGUAUUUAUUUAUUUAUCCUCAUAUUCUUGUGUUCCUUUGCUGAGACUUGUAUUGACCAGCAUACACAAUGCAGGUAUUCCUCUGUACAUCUUAACCUCUUUCUCAGGAUCUGUUGUAUAAAUAUAUAUACUUCUUGUUUAUGUUGAUAGUGAUACCACUUUUAUGACUAUUUGUGCUAAAUAUAAAGUGACAGUAAGGAAUGUUAACUGUCUUACCUACUUAUGGCAUAUAUAUAUGAAGCUAUAUAAUGAAGCUGUUUCUUCUCUGCCAUUGGAAACAAUCAUUGACAUAAAUGUUCAGACUUGUCUUUGUUGAACAAACUGCAUGCCUAGAGCAGCACAUCUACCCGUUGCAAGCCUGAUCAAGAACCUUGUUUGCACUAAUGAAAACAUACCUCUCUAAAUAUACAAUACUAAAACAACAUGUAAAUUUAUGUCUAUUUAGUGUUGCUAUAAUGUUAUUCUGUACAUGAACAAACCACCUUGUUUACAAAUAAAUGUUGACACAUUCAUUUACUUUAAGUUUUCCGCCGUGUUAGUGCUUGGGAGGGAUGCUGUAUUGGUGUUCUGGCAAUUGCUCUGCUGUUGAUAUUGAAUGUAUUACUGAGAUAUGUCAGAGGUCCGUCCAUUACUAUCUCUAACAUCACUUCAGCAGGAUGCAGCUACACCAAAUGAAUUACAUGUUCUUGAUGUUUCUGUUGAGCUCUCUGAACACUGGUAAAGUCAAAUGACAAGUUCCUUUCUUGGGAUUAUUACAAAGUCACAUUAUCUAAUGUAGAAUGUAAAUCAUAACCUGACUAGUUUCUGAAAAGCAUCUCUCAUGAAUCAAUCUAAUUGUUUAAAUCAGAAUAGCAUAUUUUGUUGGCCAUUUGUUUUUUGGAUAAGCAAUGAUUCGCUCCAAUUCUUUGAGCAAGUAAUCAAUUUGGUGUGGCCUAUUCACUUCAGAGGUGAUAUCAUACACUUUUGUGUAAAUUUUGAUUCGAUAUCACCACAUGUUGCACAAAUCAACUUUCAUUUAUGUAUUAACUGAUAUUCAUCAGAAACACGUUGCUGGAUUAUUUUUCUGUAUUUCCACGCUAUCUUGUGUUUGACCGUGGCUGAUGCACAAUGCUGUUUGUCAUCUACUCACUCAUUGUGUGAAAGGCAGCUCUGUUUUACAAUAAUUCUUCAAUAUUUAUCAUAUUUAUCAUCAGAAGGCUUGUUAAUCAACAGAAGAAGGUUAGUUUUUAAGCAUCUAAUCACAAAUUUGAAUUAUGACCAUCUUUUCAUUCACCUUCAUCUAUGAACUGACUGAUACACUUUGAUUUUACUUUAGAGGUAGAGUUGUGUCAAGAAAUAAACAUUUGAUAUGAUCUGUUAUUAUUGAAGAAAUGUUGAACAUGUUUGCUACAUAAACUGCUGAUGUUGUAGGAGUUGCACCUGAUCUUUCUUGUGAUAUGACAUAUAGGGCUUCCCUCACUACUGAUUACCAUACUGCUGCUGCCUGUGCUACUAUGGUAAUGACUAGCUUUAACUCAUUGCUGCUGCUGAUGUAGAUUCUUUCAGAAAUAUCAAGUAGACUUCUUUCAUGUGAGAAAAUCAUAUCAUUUCUUUUUUCAUAAACAAUAAUUUAUCCUAUUUUUCAUAUUUGAAUGAAGGUGGUUUUUUUGUUUAGUAAAAUAUAAUUAUAACCUUUUAACCUGUAAUAUAUGAUGUAUAUUUGUCAUCAAAAUAAUGUACCACAUUUCCCUUAAUAUGUUACUAUAUUUCCAAUUGUUUCUCAGUGCAUGUAGAGUAAUCACAAUACGUCCAGUCAUUGAAAUAUAUAAUGUAUGUAGAAUACCAUACACUUGAAAUAUUAUACAUAUGCUAUGCAUACAUCAGAUCAAAAUGCAAAAUAUGAAGAAUAUAACUCCUUUAGGAUAUGAGUACAACAUUUCAUUGAUGAAUCUGUUUGUUUUGUGGUUCAAAAGAACUCACACUGCUAUUCAGAACCAGUUUGAAUGUUGAUGCUUACUUUUGGAUGUACAGUGUAUUUGCAGCAGAUAAUGCUCUCUUUGGACAUUUGCAUGUGCUGGACUUUUGUUUUUGUAUUUCGAGAUUGUUUCGAUAAAUUUGAGAAAAGCAUAAUUUUAGCACAUGUUAAUGAAGAGGUCCUUCAGAACAUGUCAUUGUAUGAUAUAUUUCAAUAAAGUAUGUAGAAAACUG